AUGGUUAUGAGUAGAGAAGUCACCCGCAACAUUGUAGGAAUUAUUGGGAAUGUUAUAUCUUUCUUCCUUUUCCUGUCUCCAUUACCAACAUUCUUUAAUAUAUGGAAGGCAAAAUCAGUUCAAGAGUUUAAGCCUGAUCCUUAUCUUGCAACUCUACUCAACUGCGCCAUGUGGGUAUUCUACGCAUUGCCCAUGGUUCAUCCAGGCAGUACUCUAGUCGGCACCAUCAAUGGCAUAGGAUUGUUAAUCGAACUCAUAUACGUUUUCUUCUAUUUCUUCUUCUCCGAUAAGAAAAAGCGCAAAAUGAUAUUAGGGGUGUUUGUGGUUGAAUGCAUUUUUCUUGGCAUCAUAAUCACCAUAACCAUGUUUGCAUUUGAAACCACCAAGAGUAGGUCCAUGCUAGUUGGAAUUGUAUGCGUCGUAUUGAACGCUAUCAUGUAUGCAUCUCCAUUAACGGUCAUGAGACGUGUGAUAAGGACAAAAAGCGUGAAAUACAUGCCCUUCUGGGUUUCAUUUGCGAAUUCCAUUAAUGCGGUCAUUUGGUUGGCGUAUGCUCUUCUCAAAUUUGAUUUAUACGUUACGAUUCCUAAUGGAUUGGGAACUUUGUUUGGUGCCAUGCAAUUGAUUCUUUAUUUCACAUAUUACAAAUCAAAUGGAGUUAUUGAAAUGUUCAGCCUCGAGAAAGACUUGGAGAACGUGACUGAUAUCAAAAUGACCAAUGAGAAGAAGGAUGAGAUAGUACCGGUUGAGGUUGAAAUGUCCACCAAAUAA